AUGUUGGCGGGAAAUAUUUGUGUUAAUAUCUCGGAAUUUAUGGAUGUGGUGUAUUGUGCUUAUGUUCUGCAUUCUAAGCAAUCAGAGAGAUGGCGAAAGCUUCGCAACAUAGUGCAAUGGACUCCGUUCUUUCAAACGUACAAGAAACAACGGUAUCCUUGGAUACAAUUAGCUGGUCAUCAGGGUAACUUCAAGGCGGGCCCUGAUCAAGGCACGAUACUUAAGAAACUUAGCCCACAAGAAGAACGGUGCUUUAAGUUGCUGAUGAAAGACAUUCUACGACCAUACGUACCUGAAUAUAAGGGUCAAGUCACCUGUGAUGAUGGAGAACUAUACUUACAACUGCAAGAUUUGCUAAGUGACUUUGACUGCCCCUGUGUCAUGGACUGCAAAAUUGGCGUAAGGACAUACUUAGAAGAGGAGCUAGCCAAAGCAAAAGAAAAGACAAAAUUAAGAAAAGACAUGUAUGAGAAGAUGAUACAAAUAGAUCCAGCCGCGCCUACUGAUGAGGAACAUAGAAGCAAAGGUGUAACCAAACCGAGGUAUAUGAUAUGGAGGGAAACUAUCAGUUCAACAUCAACACUGGGCUUUAGAAUAGAUGGUGUGAAAAAAGCUGAUGGCACAAGUACUAAGGACUUCAAAACUACGAAGACGAGAGAACAGAUAUUGGAAGCGUUCAAGGACUUCACAGGCAGUUCUAGGAGUGCUGUGCCUAAAUACUUGGAGAGACUGAAGAAUAUCCGAGCGACCCUUCUGGAAUCACCCUUCUUCAGAACUCACGAGUUAAUCGGCAGUUCGCUUCUCUUUGUCCACGAUAAAAGAGGGGCCUCUAUUUGGAUGAUUGACUUCGCCAAAACGGUGCCUGUUCCAGAUGACAUCAGCAUUGAUCAUAAUUCCGCUUGGAAAGUCGGAAAUCACGAGGAUGGUUACCUCAUCGGCCUGAAUAACUUAAUUUCCAUCUUUGAAUCAUUGAUCAAAGACGACAACGGCAACAUUGAUGAACCCUACACAGACUUAAAUUUGGACAAAAGCGUGCGGAGAGACACUUUAGCAACUUGA